AUGGCCAGUUUCAAACGAGUAGCCGAGGUGCUCCUUGAGCCUCUCGGACUCGAAAUCACGUCCAUCAAAGAACUACAAACACUGUGGGCUGGAUACGGCCACAUCUGUGCCAUCACCGCAAGACCAGCCGAUUCUAAAGCCGCAGCCGCAGCCCGUCAUCUGACCCACGCAAAAGGAUCAAACAACACUUUCUUUCUCAUCCUCAAACUCAUUUCUCCCCCUCCAGGUCCAACUGAUGAAGGACAUCUGAGAAAGAUCCUGAGUUACGAUGUGGAGCAGUAUUUCUACGAACAUGUUGCUCCGCACCUGGAAGAGGACACAGCCGUGGCGCACUGCUUGACGUCGAGCUGGAAAACGAAACAUGAGGGCGGCGAGCUGAAGGAUCUUACCGCUACGAUUCUUACAGAUUUGAGAGUCCACUUUCCAGUCGAAGGUGGUAAGAGAUCCGUUCUUGGACCGAGACAGGUGCAGUCUGCACUGGAGUGGUUGGCCAGGUUCCACAGUAGCUCAUGGAAGUCACUGCCCCCGAAUCUCGAUGAGUACCUCCUCCCACCAGUGGACGAGUUCAAGAGACGAGAGACUCAAACCGGAGGGACUAAGUUGUGGCUCAAUGGUGGCUAUACUUAUCUCGCCACUCGACGCAGCGAGUACAAUUCACUUGCUGUCGAUACAUACUCUGAAUGGUCCGAGGCCUUUUGCACGCCCUUUCAAGGAUCAGACAGGUCAGUCGCCGAACUAGUAGCCGAGUUCUUGAUUCCUACCGGUCGGCCCUUUGAGACGUUGAUCCACGGCGACGUCAAGUCCGAAAACCUCUUCACCACCGAGUCUGGUGAAGAUGUCUGCUUCUUCGAUUUUCAGUAUGUCGGUUUAGGUCUUGGUGUUUGUGAUCUAGCCAAGCUAUUCACAUGUUCUGUCCCGCUGGACAUGCUGACCGACAAACCCUCGAUUCCACACGAGAUGGCCAUGGACCGUGGCGAAGAGACCUUGUUGUACUUGUAUCAGGAGACAUUGCUUUCUCGCCGACCUGCUGAUAAGAAGACGUUUGAUUAUGAAUGGGAUACGUUUGUGAGGCACUGGGAGUGUGCGCUUGUGGAUUGGUGUAGAUUCCAGGCAUCUUGGGGAUUCUGGGGAAAUACGGAGUGGUUAGAGGCGAGGGUUAGAUAUAUUCUCGAGGAUGAGGGAUGGAAGGAGUGGUUGCUGAAAGAGACAUGUGGGAAGGGUCCUUUAAGCAAGUAG